GCCAUGUUCCGCCUCGCCAAGUCCGUCUCUACGCGCCUCACCGUCACCCGCCUGCCACUCACCGGCCGUUGCGUCGCCUUCUUCAACACAGAGGCGCCGCAGAUGGGCACGCGGCUGACGCCCGAGCAGAUCGCCGAGCGCCGCGCCAAGCGCGCGGAGAGGAAGGCGGCGACGGAGGAGGAGAAGAGCGAAGCGCUGUUCAUCGAGGGCUCGGCGCGGUCGUACCAGCGACACUAUGUGAUCGUGGAGCCGCAGAACACGGACCCCAACGCGUGGCCCGCCAAGCUAGAGCGCUCGCCCGAGCACAUUCUGAGCUCGUACAUGGGCGCGCUGGCGAAAGUCUACGGCUGGGACGUCAUGAAGGUCAAGAAGAGCCCGCUGAUGGUGACAGCGGCCAUUCCGUACACGGGCGUGUGCAGCGGUGGGAUGAAGGAGGUUGAGGAGUCGACAGAAGACGCGGAGGAAGGCGCCCACGACGUUCUGGUGUUCCCGGACGGUGUUCGCGUGCACAACGUCGUUCCGUCGAAGAUCUCGACCCUGGUGAGCAACUCGUUGAAGAAGGACCUGGACAUGCCGAAGCUGCUCGAACAGGAGAACCUGCAGUACACUCGGAUCGAAGAAGGCUAUCACAUGAUGGUGUGCGGCCACGCUGCAAGAGACGAGCGUUGUGGCUGCAAGGGUCCGGAACUGCUGGAGUGGCUGAAGAGCUCCGCAUCUGAGGCGAACAAGCCGUUGAACUUGUGGACGUCAAGCCACUACGGCGGCCACCGCUAUGCCGCUGCAUGCAUAGUGUAUCCUAGCGGCGACUGGUUCGGCCUCCUGAACGAAAAAGACAAGGCGAAGGGCAUGAUCGACGCUAUGAACGACGAGGAUCCGUUGCGGCUGUUCGAGCUCUGGCGCGGCCGCAUGGGGCUCACGGAGCUGGAGAUGCACCAGGCCGUCAAGGAAAGGGUAGAGUCUUCCGAAGACGUCGCCGAGAACGCGUAG